UCUUCUUAGCCGAGAGCUGCUCGCUGCCGUUGCUCUUCUCUAUUCGCCACGCUCAUAAGGAAGGAUCAUGUCGCUUUUAAUGGAAAAUCAGUUCGGUGAACUGCCCCCUGACAAGGCGAUCGACACGAAGACAUUCCUGGACACUGUCUCUCAUAUCCCUGCGUUUUUUGACUGCUUAGGAUCAAAAGUGUUUUCAAUCAUCAAAUCAGACAUUAACGGCAAUAUAACGAAAAUUAGAGCGGUAUAUGUCACUAAUCCCGCAAAGUACACCACCCUGGAGGACAUUCUGGUGGCAGAGCGAGAAGCCCAUGGAGCAGAGUGGCCUAAAAUUGGAGCAACGUUAGCUCUGAUGUGGCUGAAGAGGGGUCUCUGUUUCAUCCAGAUUCUGCUCCAGAGUUUGGCAGACGGGGACAGAGAUGAGAACAACCCCAACCUCAUUCGGGUUAAUGUCACAAAAGCCUAUGAGCAGGCACUGAAGCGAUACCACGGCUGGAUUGUUCAAAAGAUUUUUAAUGCUGCGUUACUUGCAGCUCCCUACAGAUCAAACUUUCUGAAGGCUCUGUCGAAAGGAGAGGAAGUGAAAGAGGAGGACUGUCUGGCAAACGUGCGUCAGUUCCUGGUUAAUUACACAGCCACUAUAGAUGCCAUCUACGAGAUGUACACAAAUCUAAACGCCGAGCUGGACUACACCGUUUGAUGUCCCGGCACAUGGCUGGACCGGACGCGCAGGAGUAUCCUGCAUCACUCUCAGGUUUCGCAGACGUCCAGUUGUUUUUAUUAGGACUGGGUUUUUUUGUGUGUGUCCCUCCUUGGGUGGUAUUUAUUACUUUGAUGAUGCAGUAAUCAUUACGAGCACUGUGAAUUUGCUCUCAAGAUGAUGCCUUAAUAAAAUGAAGUUUAAAGUCUUUUUUUGUUUGUUGUUGUUAUUUUAUUUCAACUUACUACUGCAGCUUUUUAUUUUAAUUUUUGGGUGGGUUACUGCUUUAACAGACUUCUUCACCUUUAACUUUAGUUCCCGUCCAUGUCUUACAUUCAAAUGUUCUCCACCUCCAUCCAUGAGCCUGGGAAAUUAUAUAUUUUACCAUCCCAUAUUAUUAGGUUUUUAAAUUUCCGGAUUUCAGAGUGCCUUGGUGUCACUGAACGAAUGU